CAGAUCCAGACCAUGAUGGGAUACUGUCCACAGUUCGACGCCCUCCACGAUAGGCUGACUGGGAGAGAGACGUUAAACUUGUAUGCUCGUCUGAGGGGCGUGCCGGAAAUCAAAAUCCGUGAAGUCACGGACGCCAUCAUUGAAUUUGUUACCCUUCAUCCUCACGAAGAAAAGCUGGCGUUUACAUACAGGUAAAAUCACAAUCACUUUCGCCCGAAACCAAAAUUAAACCGAAAAUUAACAUUUCAGUUUCGACCUGAAGCCGAAAAUAAACCGAAAUUUAACUUUUUGGUUUCGGUUGAAACCGAUAUUAGGCCGAAAGUGAUAAAAUGGUCACUUUCGGCGCCGAGACCGAAGCCGAAAUUUGGUUGGUCACUUAUUUGGAUCUGUACGGGCUGAUAGUUCUGGCACCAACCGCUUGACUUUUGUUCGCUUACAGUUUCGGAUUCCCCAGCUGCUCACCCUGAACAUCUCAUCUCACAUGUGAAGAGUAGGACUGCUGGGAAGAUAUCUCAGUUUUACCGAUCCAGUGACAUGAAUUGUUUUAUGUUCCUUUAUUAACGUUUGUUUCCUUCUUCUCUUCAACAUUGCAGUGGAGGAAAUAAACGGAAACUGUCCGUUGGUAUAGCCAUCAUCGGCGACCCGCUGUUCUUGAUGCUGGACGAGCCCACGGCAGGGAUGGACCCAGUGGCUAGGAGAACGCUAUGGACAGUCCUGCAAAUGAUAAGGUCGACAGGACGGACGAUGGUGCUGACCUCUCACAGGUGAAUCAAGAGAUUCGAACCCGGUUUUUGUAUGUGUCUUGUUCCCUUUUUCAUUAAAAAAAAUGUUGAUCUGUAAUAUUUUUCUUGUUCUUGAAACGUCCUCUCACAGAUGGGUCUGUCGUUCCGGAUGUUCUUUAUUUAAGCAAAAGAUAAUGUAUUCGAGUUGUUGUUUUUUUCUUUUACUGAUUCUAUUUGCUAUAACAUAGUACGCUGUAGAUGUGUGUGUCUUCAUAUUUUAGUGGUAGUAUUUAACUAUAAAAUGUUAUUGAAUUGUAUAAAGUCUAACCAUUACUCAACGGAACUAAAUUCGAUAAAUUUGAAAUUUCAUUUUCAGCAUGGAAGAAUGUGAGGCAUUGUGCACUAGAAUAGCCAUUAUGGUCAAAGGUACGAUACUGUGCCUGGGCAGUCCCCAGCAUCUGAAGAACAAGUACGGGCAAGGCUACACGGUCGUCAUGCGUGCUAACAUAGACGAACACGGCAAGACUUUACCUCUACAUGAAGCGCAGGCCUUUAUACUCCAGUCUUUUCCGAAAACACAGGUGGCCUACACGCGAUGAAGACGAAAGAAACUUCCCAUACUGGGAACAUAACUCUUUAUCUAUAUCUAUGUAUAUCUAUAUAUCUAUGUACCUAUGUAUGUAUGUAUCUAUAUAUUUAUAUAUCUAUUUAUCUAAAUAUCUAUACAGUGGUGUAGCUAUGUUUGUUGUCCCCCGGUGCGGUUAACUAUUGGUCAAAAAUAUGUUUCUGACGCAUCAAACAUGAACUUUUAAUAAAGUACGCCUUUGGAUUGGUUACACAUGAGGAAAAAUAUUCACGUGUGUUUGGUUUUCAUUUUACGAAAUUCGAUUAGAACAAGCAGUGUUUGCUCUCUAAAUUUUUUUCCAUUUGGUGUCAUCUCUUGGGAUGGUAUCACCCUCUAGCUAUGCCACUGUAUAUCUAUGUCUAUCUAUCCAUCUCCACACCUAUCUAUAUCUAUCUCUCUCUCCCUCUCUCUCUCUAUGUAUGUACAUAAUGGACUAAUCAUCAAUUUAUAUCAUAAAACAAAAGUUAUUUUAGCGAUUUUUGUAAAUUAAAUUUUAUUGGAAGUUCAUUAUUCACGAUUUUCCAGUUGAAACAUUUUCUGAAUUGAGAGUAAAAUUGUUAAACUUCAUUGCAUGGGAUUGGGGGUGGGGAAACAAAUUAAAGGUUUUUGAAACUUUGUCUUCUGGGCGUGAUAAACGUGCAGAGGUCGAAGGACAGUGGUUUGGUUUUUGUUUUUCAAAUAUACAGUAACAGAUUAAACAAAAUUUCUACAUAACUAAUUACUUGUAUAACAAAAUCACAAUGAUAAUAUGAGUUUCUAUGCUGCUUGCUAAGUACAACGUGCACAUUCUAAAUUUUAACCCUCUUUCUCAAGGUAUUCGCCAAACAAGAGGCCUACGUCCACCUCCAGGUCCCUGAAACGGUGCCGCUCUCUCUUCUGUUUACACAAUUGGAGCAUGCCAAACAGAAAUACAAUUUCCAGUUCUACAGCGUCCAGGAAACGAGCCUGGAGCAAGUUUUUCUCAUGUUCAUGAAGGACACUUAG